AAACUCCCGCGGGAGGCCGGGGUGCGGCUGCGCGUUCUGCCGCUAUGCUGGUUGCGGGGCGGGCCGCGCAGGGACCGGGCCGCGGUGCAUGGCGGGCCGGCGGCGGACUCGUGCCCGGCGGGUUGCCUCAGGCUUGUAACGAAGAAGAGGCCUCGCCGUUCCGCAGACCUCGUGCUCUGGGUCCCAGCGCUCUCUGAGAGCACGCCGAGAAAAGUGAAAUUCAUGUCUGAGGACAGGUCACCGGGGCAGGAUGGAGAGCUUGGGCUUGCAAGCAGUGACCCUUAGUGAUGGGACGACAGCCUACAUUCAGCAGGCUGUCAAAGGUGAAAAGCUGAUCGAAGGACAAGUCAUCGAACUUGAAGAUGGGACCACAGCUUAUAUCCAUCAGGUGACGGUUCAGAAAGAGCCUGUAUCUUUUGAAGAUGGACAGCCGGUCGUGUUGGAAGAUGGCAGCAUGGCCUACAUACAGAACGCACCUAAAGAAAGUUAUGACUCCAGCACUUUUGAGGCUGUCCAGCUAGAAGAUGGUUCCACCGCCUACAUACAUCGUCCUGUCAUCGUGCCCCCUGGCAGCACCAUCCUGGAAGUGCAGGCAGGAGCUGGGCUGGAGGAGUUAGCUGGAGAGGAGGAAGAUGAUGCCUUUGAUGCCAAGACCGUUCACGCAUUAAAGCAGUACGCCAGCAAGGUGUCGGACGAGGAAGGAGAGGGAGUAACCGAUGCUUGUCACGUGGAGAGCGAGGAGCCCAGCGAUGUCCCUUCUCAGGACUUGCAGGAGGAAGAAGUGCACGGCAGGGAGAAGGGGCAGCAGGCUGGCGCUAGAGCUUUCCGUUGCGGGUACAAAGGCUGCGGCCGCCUCUAUACCACAGCCCACCACCUGAAGGUACAUGAACGUGCUCAUACGGGUGACCGGCCGUAUAUGUGCGACUUCCCAGGCUGCGGGAAAGCAUUUGCUACAGGGUACGGGCUGAAGAGCCACGUGAGAACACACACCGGUGAGAAACCGUACAAGUGUCCAGAAGACAUGUGCAGCAAAGCCUUCAAAACUUCUGGGGAUCUGCAGAAACACAUCCGCACACACACAGGUGAGCGUCCCUUCAAGUGCCCGUUUGAGGGCUGUGGCCGCUCGUUUACCACCUCCAACAUCUGCAAGGUUCACAUCCGAACGCACACGGGCGAGCGUCCGUACAUGUGUCCAGAGCCCAACUGCAGGAGGGGCUUCAGCAGCGCCACCAAUUACAAGAACCACAUGAGAAUCCACACAGGGGAGAAGCCGUACGUCUGCACCGUGCCGGGCUGCGGAAAGCGCUUCACGGAGUACUCCAGCCUUUACAAGCACCACGUGGUGCACACGCGCUGCAAGCCCUACACCUGCAAGAGCUGUGGGAAGACCUACCGCCAGACCUCCACGCUGGCCACGCACAAACGCAGCAGCCACGGCGAGCUGGAGGCCACGGAGGAGAGCGAGCAGGGCCUGUACGAAGAGCAGCAGCUGGAGGCUGCUUCUGAGGAAGGCUCCCCCACGAAGACCCAGCACAUUGCUUUCCUGUCAGAGAUGGAGGAAGAUGAGGAUGAAGAGGAAGAUGAUGAUAUGACCGCACAGGUCUCGCUGAUCUCUCCGGGUGGGACAGAGCAGGUCACUUUGUCACAGGAAGACCUGCAGGCCCUGGGCAGCGCAAUCAGCGUGGUGACGCAAAGCGGGGCCUUCGCUGUGCCUGAGGAAGAGCUCGUGGGUGAUGACACACACACCGUGACCGUGGUCAACGCUGACGGCACCAAAACGCAGCCGGUCACCAUUGUCACUUCGGGGGCAGUCGUGUCCGAAGAGUCAGCCGUGGCAUCCCUCUGCCAUCAGCAGGUGGCAUUGCUGGCGACCGCCAACGGCACGCAUAUCGCCGUGCAGUUAGAAGAGCAGCAGAGCCUGGAGGACGCCAUCAGCAUGGCAGCAGCAGCAAUCCAGCACGAACCCGUAACACUCGACGCAGCCGUGUCUGAAAACGGGUGCUGAGACCCCGAAGAGCCUCCGGGGUGGGGAAAGCAGGCGGCCCGAGCCCGUUUCUCCACGGGGGCAUCGAGAUCUGCAGGAACUGGGCCAGCUGGCACACGGAAGACGGGUGGUACCCGAGGGCAGGAAGGUGUCUGAGGCCAGCCAAACGUGGCUGGUGUGUGCACCGUGCAGGGUGAUCCUGCUGGAAGGGCUCUUCACGGAGCGGUGUCCAAGAUCCCGGCUGCUGCCUUCUGCUGGAGGCUCUGCUGUUUUUUUCCUGGGCUCUGAGCAGCAAUUUUACUGCUCCCUGCCUCGGAUGCUGCUUCCCUCUGUCUGGAGACAGCGGGUUGUGUCUUCUGUUACUCGCUUCUUCAUGGCUAAGUUUUCCAACACCUGCCAGUCUCCCGCAGUAGAUACGGAGCUGCGGAGAUUUCAUCAGUCUCUGGGAGAGCCAAAUGUUUUUGGGGUGGCGUUUCCUUUCCCCUCCCUCCAGAAAUGGCCCAACAGCUCCCCUUUUCCGCCAGCCCUUCCAUGAAAGGGGCAAGGGGGCAGCAAAUGGCACAGAAGCAACAAAGCCUCGUCUGCGAGCCCAGGCUGUCCUGGGCCGGGUGUUAGUGUGAGGACCCUACCCUGAGGCUGGAAAUCGGUGUUCCCAGGGCUGCGCACGGAGCAGGCGCCCAGGUGUGACAGGAGUUCUCCCAUCUUUUUACCACGCUUCUCUCUGCUCUGGAGCAAAUUUCAGUGGCAGGCUCAGCGCCAUGGAGCAGAAUGAGGCGAACCGACACUUGUUGGGCGCUGAGCUAGGUUUGGAUGUAAUUGGAAAUUAAAUAAAAUAAAAGUUAUUUUUA